AUGUGAGAAGACGUGAAGUCAGUGAAUACCCUGAUAUCAAACGUGUUUAUCAAAUUGUCAGUAUUUAUUUUUUAUUAUUUACCAAUUUUGUUAAUUAGAAUGAGUAAUAGGAAGCGAACAGCGUUCACUCUAAAGUGUAAAGCCAAAGAAGCCCCCGCAUUAAAGAAAUAUCGAGGAGAUGUGUUGAGUUUCGCGAAGGCUGUCGAUGAUUCAGAUAAACACCGAUCUUUGAUAAAAACAGACAUAUUGUACUCAAGAAAACAAAGGAGGAAGGACGAGAGAAAACUUAAAAAAGCUCGAAAACAUGCAUAUCGAUGUGGGAGAGAGCUUCCAAAUAUGCAGACAUGGACUAAAUCUAAGGAAGAUGCUAUUAAAACAGACACAAAGAAGAAAUCACUGCAAAAACUCAAAGAAAAGAAAAAGAAGCAAAAAGCUAGAAUGAAAGAAAUGAAGAAGAUGAAAGAAAAAGAAGAAAUAGACAGCAGAAAGCAGCAGCUGAUGGAAGACAAUAAGAAGGAAGACAGAAUGUUAAAACAGCUGGAGAAGAACCUUCAUCUCAACAAAAGGAAGAGUAAAAAUCUGCCACAGGCCUUUGUCAACGAUGGACUGGAUUUUUUAUUGGAUGCCCUGGACAAAUCUCCUGAAGAUAUGGAGGAUGAUGAUUAUUCAGAUGAAGAAGAACAUGGAAAAAGAAAAGUAGUCAAAGAUGAAGAAGAUUCAGAGCAGGAAAUGGAUGAUGAUUUGGAGGAAGAGGGAGAAGAAUAUGAGGAAAAUGAGAGUGAUGAUGAGGAAGAAGAUUUUGACUUCAGUGAUGAAGACGAGGAAUCAGAUUCUGAUGAUCAUCAUCCAGUAGUUGAUGUUAUAUCAAAAAAAGCAGCUGAUGUCAAAUCCAUUCUUAAAUCUACCAGUGAUGACAGGCAGCAGAAACAGGUGAAAUUCAAAUCAGUGACAGAAGAAAAUACAGUCAGAAAAGACAAAAAGAAAAAGGAAUCUGAAUCAAAUAAAAAGAAGAAAAAAGAUGUGACAUUUGAUGAUGAUGUUGAUAGCAAUGAUGAAGAAAUGGAGGAAAAGGAUGAAAUUGAAGAAGAAGGAAAGAAAUCUGAUGAAAGUAGUGAUGAAAAUAUUGAGAACAUUGAAAUUACUGAAGACAUCUAUGGGAGGUUAAGAGACAAAGAGGGGAACAUUGUUAAGAGCUCUGGGCAGACAGGGAAGUAUAUUCCCCCAGGGAAGAGGGUGCAGAUCAGUGAUGAGAAGAAGAAAUUCCAGCUGGAGAGAUUACAGAAGCAGCUCAAGGGACUUGUUAAUAGGGCCAGUGAAGCAAACAUGUCACAGAUCUGUUCUCAGAUAGAGGCUGUUUACCGUAGCAACAGUAGGGCAGAGGUCACCGAGGCUCUGUCUGCCAUUGUGAUUGGUGCUUGUGUUUCUGUUACCAUGACACCAGAAAGACUUGCCAUGGAAAUGAUGUUGCUCAUCACAAUUCUCCAUGGCAACAUUGGGACAGAAGUGG